UUUAUAUAGAUUACAACUACAGCAAUCCGAACAUGUUUAAUUCAGCCGCAUCAAACAGCCCCUAAGCAUCAAGAGGAAAAUGUAUGAUACCGAAUGGAAUCUUUUACACACUAGUAACCCAGCCAUAAUUAGCGCACUAUAACCACAGCCAGAAGUUAAACUCCGAAUGCCCCUCACCACCGCUGUUGGACGGGCGUCCGGUGCAACCGUACCUCACCGACCAGACCGCCACCAUGGCACCGCCGUCGUGGCAAGGGCACGCAGCCGCCGUCCUUUCCGUGCCCCUGCUCAUCCUCGUCGUUGCACCGUCCACCACCGCUAUCGGCGUCAACUACGGCACCAAGGGCGACAACCUCCCGCCGCCGGCAACGGUGGCCUCGUUCCUGGCCAACCGCACCCGCAUCGACCGCGUGAAGCUAUUCGACACAAACCCGGACAUGGUCCGCGCCUUCGCCGGCACGGGCAUCGCGGUCAUGGUGACCGCGGGCAACGGCGACAUCCCCAAGCUCGCGACCAAGGACGGCGCGGGCGCGUGGGUGGCCGCGAACGUGGCGCCGUACUACCCCUCCACGGACAUCUCACUCGUGUCCGUCGGGAACGAGAUCAUGGACACGGCCGACAAGGCCCUCAUCUCCAACCUGGUGCCCGCCAUGCGCGCGCUCAAGGCAGCGCUGGUGGCGGCGGGGUACCCGAAGAUCCGCGUCUCGACGCCGCACUCCCUGGGCAUCCUGUCCGUCUCCGAGCCGCCGUCCGCCAGCCGGUUCCGCGACGGCUUCGACCGCGCCGUGUUCGCGCCGAUGCUGGCGUUCCACCGGCAGAGCAGGUCGCCGUUCAUGGUGAACCCGUACCCGUACUUUGGGUACAACGGCGUGACGCUCCCCUACGCGCUGGCGCGGCCCAACCCGGGCGUGCCGGACCCCGGCACGGGCAUCACGUACACCAGCAUGUUCGAGGCGCAGCUGGACUCGGUGUACUCGGCGAUGAAGAAGCUCGGGUUCGAGGACGUGGAGAUCGCGGUGGGCGAGACCGGGUGGCCGACCAAGGCGGAGGACGGGCAGAUCGGCGUGAGCACCGCCGAGGCGGCGGAGUACAACCGGUACCUCAUCGGCGAGGCCAGCGGCGGGUCGGGCACGCCGCUCAUGCCGAAGCGCACGUUCGAGACGUACAUCUUCGCGCUCUUCAACGAGAACCUCAAGCCCGGCCCCGUCGCCGAGCGCAACUUCGGCCUCUUCUACGCCAACCUCACGCCGGUGUACGACGUCGGCCUCAUGAAAGACGGGGUGAAGACAGCGGCCACGCCGGCGCCGGCUCCGGAUGAAUCCAAGGCUGCUCAGAGUGCCGUCAAGAAAGACGACGUGGAGGCGGCCGCGGCACCUGAAGAGACCGCCGCAUCCGCGUCGGCGCCUGGGCCGUCGUCUGUGGACGGCGAAGCUUCAUCCAAGGCCACCGGACCAUCGCCGUCAGAGGCGCCAUCGCAGAGUGGUUCGACCGGCGAAGACAAGACGCCGGAAAAGGAGGAGGGAGGAGGAGACGCUCCGCCACCGGCGGCAUCGGCCAGCGGGCCGCCCGACGAGGCAUCGGAGACAGCAGCAAAGGACGUCGAUGCUGCUGGAGGCGGCAAAACGCCGGCGCCGGCGGGAGCAGAGUCUCAGGGCAGCAGCAACCUCCGAGUCCCCGUCUCUUGCCUGCUUACAGUUGCUCUGUCUCUAGCUCUCACCGGUGGUAUCUAAUUAACCCAUCCCUUCAUUUCGUCAGCCGCGCGCCGUAUCAUUGUGACAACAUUUUUUUAGUAGCUGAGCAUGCUGUAAAAGUAAUUUGGUUGACGAUUGCUGAUUAAUUAGCUGGACCUAUUUAAAGCAUGCUGUCUGUUAUUCGAUAACUUGUUGCU